AUGAACAAAAUCAAAGGUUUUAGAAUUAGACACAAGUUCGUAAAGCUCGUCAAAUGGGGACUUCACCGGAGACGAAAAGAAUCAAAUUACAUAAGACUGAACCCACCCAAUAAUCACACAGUCAAAGCCAUGUCGAAGCUCUACGGAUUCGCUCGCUCUUUGAAGAAAAGCGCCAAAGAUAUCUGCUUACGAAAGUCUGGUUCCAGUUACAAUCGGAUCGGAGAAGAAGAACUGAACCCAGUUCCAAAAGGGCACUUGGCAGUGUACGUUGGUGAAAAAGAAGACGAUGCGCAUAGGGUUUUGGUGCCUGUGAUUUACUUUAAUCAUCCGUUGUUUGGUGAGUUGUUAAGAGAAGCUGAAAAGGUUUAUGGGUUUAAUUAUGAUGGUGGGAUUCAUGUACCCUGCCGGAUUUCGGAGUUCCAGAACGUACAGACCAAGAUUAACGCCGCCGGGGGUUGUGGUGGCUGCGAUGGAUUCCGUGCACGACGGAGCUGGCGGCUUACUUUAUGA